UUUGUCAGACAUUGUCAAUUUGUCAUUCAUCUGAUUCAUCACCAAAAUACUCCUUUCAGAGAAUUGUUUCUGUUUUAUGUGGAGUGCGUGAAUCGUUGAUUAAAACUUAAUUAUAAUGUUCUAACAAAUUAAUUAAGAACAAAAGUAUUAAAUUCUGUGAAGCCCAACUACAACGUAUAUUGAAGAACAAGUGUUAUUUUACGUAGUAAACAGUAGACGGCGAAAAUGCCAGGAUUAGCAACAAUGUCGCUGGACAACAUGUUCUGUACCCGCUGUGGGGAUGGCUUUGAGGCUAAUGAAAAGAUUGUGAACUCCAAUGGAGAACUAUGGCAUACCAACUGCUUUGUGUGUGCCCAAUGUUUCCGUGUCUUUCCUGAGGGUAUUUUUUACGAGUUUGAAGGCCGCAAAUACUGCGAGCGCGAUUUCCAAGUGCUGUUCGCUCCUUGUUGCGGAAAAUGCGGCGAAUUUGUGAUUGGUCGCGUGAUCAAAGCGAUGAACGCCAACUGGCAUCCAGCAUGCUUCCGUUGUGAGGAAUGUAAUGUAGAACUGGCAGAUGCAGGCUUUAUUAAAAACGGUGGGCGCGCAUUGUGCCACACCUGUAACGCGCGUAUUAAGGCCGAUGGAUUGCUCAACUACAUGUGCCAUAAGUGCCAUGGAGUUAUUGACGGUGAGCCAUUGCGUUACCGGGGCGAGGUAUACCACGGAUACCACUUCACUUGCGCCACGUGCGGUGUUGAGCUCGAUCAUACCGCUAGGGAGGUCAAGCACCGCCCAGGAUAUGCUGCCAAUGAUGUGAACAACCUCUUCUGCCUUCGUUGCCAUGAUAAAAUGGGCAUCCCUAUUUGUGGCGCUUGCCGUCGUCCAAUUGAAGAGAGGAUUGUUACUGCCCUUGGAAAACAUUGGCAUGUUGAGCACUUUGUGUGUGCCAAAUGUGAAAAGCCAUUCCAUGGCCAUCGCCACUACGAAAAGAAGGGCCUUGCCUAUUGCGAACAGCAUUAUCAUCAAUUAUUCGGAAACUUGUGUUAUGUGUGCAACCAAGUGAUUGCUGGCGAUGUGUUCACGGCUCUGAACAAAGCUUGGUGUGUGCACCACUUCGCGUGCUCCGUGUGUGACGCAGCAUUGAGCACGAGGAGCAAGUUCUACGAGUACGACGAGCGCCCCGCCUGCCGCCGCUGCUACGAGAAGUUCCCCGCCGAGUUGCGACGAAGACUCCGUCGUGCGCAUCAUUACACCAUCCGACGUUGAAUCCGCCUUUAUAAAGCAAAUUCAACAAGAUCAAAAAAUCUUAAUAUAAAAGAAACUAAUUUUAAAUAUUAUACUGCCAUUACUUUUGAAUCUACAAUUACGUAAUUAAUUUCUUAAACACAAUCUGUGUCGAUUAAUGCAGACCCAAAGAAGUACAAAAUUCAUUCCCAUUUUUGAAGCAGUUAUUGCGUUUAUUAACAAAUGUUUGUUUUAAUUUUGGAUUAGGAUCUUGUCGUGCUUUAGGAACACGCAUAGUUUAAAGAACUAAUUAAUUUAAUAUUGUGCCUUAAAAUAUAACGUGCCUAGAUUAAAGUGAGUAGAUGAAUUAUUAUAUUGAUCUAAUUAUUUUAUUUAAGUAAAAUAUAAUCAUGUACUAACUUAGAAGAUAAAAAUAUAUGUAGUUAACUCUAUGAUAAUUUAAUAUUUUUAUAAUACUUAAAUAAUAAAUCAAUACAAUAUAACAAUUUCUAAUAAGU